AGUCUCACAUAGCAUAGCCAUCUUCUUCGUCGACAAGCAGGGGAGUUAGGUCUCACAUGCAUGCUUCAUCACAUUGUUGACUGCAUAACGAAACACAUCGUCGUCGGAUCGGAGAUGAUGAGUUCCGUCGUCGUGGAUGCUGCUGCUACCAGCAGCAGCGAGAAGAAGACGUCGUGGCCGGAGGUGGUGGGCAUGUCCAUCAAGGAGGCGACGGAGACUAUUCUCAAGGACAUGCCCAACGCGUACAUCCAGGUGCUGCCUGUUGGGUCGCCCGUGACGCUGGACCUUCGCCCCGACCGCGUCCGUAUCUUCGUUGACACCGUCGCCAUGACUCCGACAGUUGGGUGAUACAUACCAAAUGCAAUAAACAAACCCUACUUUUUAUUUUAUGUUUCCAGUUAAUAAUAAACCAGGCCUUAGCUUCUUGGUUGUCCUUCCUUGGUUGGUGUUAGCUUCUAAGCUACUAGUACACCAUUAAAAAAAGGAGGACCUCAUGUAUGGCUACCGUGAAAAAUGUGAUCUUGAUGGAAUAAUAUAUCAUAAAUAAGCAAUUAAUGAUGA